AAACAACGGUAUUCCACUGCUGAAAGGAAAACUAACAGAAGACAGCUGAUUAAUAUUAUAGCGAAUCUCGAAAACUGUGAUCUUACUAAUCUUUGUUAUACUAAUAAUAUACGUACGCUGUACUUGCGCAACCAGCGCACACGCACACCAGAUUAAUUAAUUAUCUAUUGCGUGAGAAAUGUGAUUUACGAUAGCAAAUAAGUACUUCUUGUCAAGGUCAUUUCCGAAUCAGCUGAUGUUUUGCCAACGCGCUUUUUUUUUUCGAGGCGGACUCAUUUCAUGAAUGCCUGUCUGCAUGAAAUUUGAUAAUGUUCCGUGAAAAUGUCCCAAAGCACUCUUGGGACGCUGAAUCCACACUAAAUGAGUUACGUCGCCAAAAAUAUGUAUAUGUUAAGUUAAAGUUAUUUUUGAAAACGUGUAAUUAUAACAGUACUUGCAGUUUGUGCUGUUGUAGUUGAUCCCGCAGUAUUGAUUUUCCCCAGAAGUGGCUACAUCAUGUGGGCGUACCAGGUGUGUAGAUAGCUGGCUGGCGGGCGGGAUUGGGACGUGUCCGCGAUGAAGAAGGUUCUGAAGUUUGUGACCGGGCGGAAGGACCACGCGUCCACGAACGUGGGGCCGUUCUCCCUGGAGCUGCCGGCCCCGCCGCGGCAGGCGACGCCGAGCGACGAAGACGUCGCAGGGGCCCAGGAGCUAGGUUAUGCCUACAAGAUAGACCUGAGCGGGAAGGACAAGUCCAUCAGCAAGCUGCACAAGGCGGCGUGGCAAGGCAAUUUGGACAAGCUGAAAGUAAACCUCAAGAAGACUGACAUAGACAUACCUGAUAGGUACAAUAGGACGCCUUUGCACCUGGCGGCUUCGCAAGGUCAUUGUAAUGUGGUUUGGUUCCUGAUAGUUAAUAAUGCCAACAUGAACAUUUGUGACAAUGAGGGCAAGACACCACUUCUGAAGGCAAUAGAGUGUGGGCAGACGGAGACGGUGCGGCUGAUGCUGGAGAGGGGCGCGGACAUCAACAUCGUGGACUACAACGGCAACUCGGGACUGCACCUCGCAGCCAAGCACAGCUUCUACGAGAUAGCCUCCAUGCUGUUGAAUAGAGGGGCCAACGAGGACUCGAACAACCUGGGCGAGUUCCCCCUCCACGUGGCCACGCAGUUCGAGCACGACGACCUGAUCGAGCUGCUGCUGAGGUACGGGUCGUCGGUGAACGUGGUGGACCGCGACAACCGCUCGCCCCUCAUGCUGGCGGCCAGGAGCGGCCGCAUGCCCCUGGUGCAGUUAUUCCUGGAGUACGGCGCGCAGAGAGCCGUCAUGGACUCCAACGAUUGGACGGCGGAGGACUACGCGCUGUUUUCCGGCCACGAGGACAUUGCGGCCGAGCUGAAGACGCCUUCGGAAGCUGUGGUGCUGCAUUUCGCUCAGAAGCCUCUGGAGUCCGAGAAGAGAGUCAUUGCCAGCAUCACAGGUGCAGCGAAGAGAUCUGUGUCGGCAGCAUCUCUUCCACCAGGACCGUCCGAAGAGAAGGAUGCAAGCACUUCCAAGAGCAGACCUGACGACACAGAAAACAGUGAUACAUGGAACGACAGCCAGUUGUCCGAGCCCAGCACGGCACAAAAGGGGCUGAAACUGGGACGCUUCCUGCAGCGCACCUCGGAGGACGACGGCAGCGAGGCGAGCGGGGGCAGUGCCCGGGUGGCAGGCGACGACAUCCGCGACACCCAGGACUCCCCCCGCUCCUGCGUCAUCCCCCCGCCCUGCAAGCCCCCGCGCAGCUGGGACCUCAUACAGUCGGGCGUCAUGGACGACCACUCGGAGGGCUCGGAGCCCCGUCGCCGCAGCCUGCUCAUCCUGGGCUCACUGCGGUCCAAGCGAGAGAGCUUCGGGGAACCCCAAAGCGGGGCUGGCUCUCCAGAGCAGCCGCCCCACUGCGUGUGCGUGGAUGUUCCCGGCAGUCCUAGCAAGGAGAGUUCGUCCACCAAGUACGGCGAGAUACAGGUGAAAAUCCUCGGCGCAAACAGGAGUGGGGAGUCAGGACCAAAGUCCAAUGCUUCGAAGUCCGACAGUGACUGGAGCAGCGACGACAGUCUGCCGCUAGACGACGUCGAUAAGGUCGAGGCCGGUGGCCGUCCCGAGUCCAGUGUCUUCCAGCUGCAGGUGCAGCGUGCUCCCGCGGGCGACAAGCGGUUUGACUUCUCCAACGCCCCCACCCUGGAGAAGAGGGGCAGGUUCCUCCCGAGAACACCUUCCAUCGAUCUGACGGACGACGACUUCGAUCCUGUGAGAGACAAGAGCAUCAGGAGCAACGCCUCGCCCGAGCGCGUCGUGACAGAGGCGCUCAUAACGCUGCCUGCCAUAGAGAGAGACAAGGAGUUGUUGAAGGGUUGCUCGAUGGGCAGAGAUGAAACAAUGAUGGGCUACGAUGAGAUAUGGGAAGCAAACGCCCAGCUGCCCGGCAGCCGGCUGCCGUCCUCGGAGACACAGAUGUCCCUGAAGGACGAGCUUGAGGCGGCGGCAGACACUGCAGCGUGCGGUGAGGACGUGUCUGGCGUGGCGGCCCCUGAAGGCAGUCGGCUCACUGCCAAUGCUCUGCCUCUUGAAGAGGACAAACUGCUUUAUCCUUCACCGAGGUUCGGCCAGAAGAUGGAUGACGAGGCGGAUGGCUCCGAAAAAGCAUCAAAAGGAGGCAGAAAGCUGGAAUCCAAGUCUCUGGAUGUCCAGGGAGACAUGGUGGACCACGCGAGCAGAUGCUCGGACGUGCGAACGCAGCACGGCAAGAGGAAACAUGCGCGACAGCAGUCAGUGUCGAUCCUGUCGUGGAGCCGCAGCGAAGAGUCCCAUCAGAAGCCUCCGGAGAGGGUGGAGGCGGUCCCUGCACCGCUGCCGCCCCCAUUGGAGCGCCCGACCAUCGACAGCAAGCGAAUCAGCGCACAGCUGCAAUGCUAUGACGAGGCGCUGCGCGAGCUGGCACAGGUUAAGCUGGUGAAGAAGCACGGCCCAUCUUCCUUGCCGCCAACGCGCAGAGGCUCCGAACUGGCCUUGGGUCCGAAUGACCUCGCCAGCCGGGAGUUGACGCAGGCCGCCAUCGUCCGCAAGCAAGGUUCGCUGUCCUUGCCACGAAACGUAGACCCACCGAGUCUCGAGAGAGCUUCGUCCCUGGGGACCCAGGCUCCUGGUACUUCCUUUUUCUCAGGUAACUUUCCCAGUAAGGAGUUGGCGCACUCGGCCAUAAUCAAAAAGCAAGGAUCUCUAUCGUUGCCUCGCACGUCCGAGGUUCCAGAUCUCACCAAGGCCCAGUCCGUAGAUGUCAGCAAGGAAGGAUACUUGUCUCUGCCUCGUUCUAAUGAACUGAUUGAUCAAGCUUUCAAAGAAAUAGGUAAGUCCUCCGUAAAAAUGAAACGUGGUUCCAGAUCUUUGCCUCGAAACAUAACUCCGGGAGAUAUGAACGCCCAUGCGGAUGCUGCUUCCACCCAGCGAACUAGGAAGGUAUUCAGGACGAGAAGAAGAGCAGAGAGCGAAAGCGAGGUGACCGAUAAGAAAUCAAAAAAAUCGUCGUUGAAGUGUCUUUCAUUCGACUUUAAGUUGAGGUCUUCCAAGUCUGAGGAGUCGAGGAGUGCAGCUUCCAAGUCACAGGAAAAAAUGCAGAAAUUGAACAGUAGUGACAGCAAAGUCAGUCCAAAGCCAACAUCGCCUAAACCAGUAGUACGUAUAGAAGAACCAAUAGAAAAUUUGGAAAAACAAGUAGAAACUUCAGGGAAACCUGCAGAAGACAUGGGAAAACCAUCAGACACCUCAGUUAAAGCAAUGGAAAACCCAGCAGGGAUGCCAAAGAGCAGUAAUGAAAAACCAAGCAUUAGAAAAAAAAGAAAGAUCUUACUUGCCAUGAGAGGUCUGAUUGCACCAAAUCUUAAAAGUUUCAGUGAGAGCAUUUCUCAGAACGAAGGCUCUGCGGAGAGUUCCUCCGUCGACGAGCAUCCGUUCUGGCUGAGUAUAGAUCGAUCCAGCGGACUGGAGCGACAAGGCACCGUGAUCGAACGCUCAGAGUUCGAGCUGGUGGCAAACAGCACCCUGGAAGAAGCAGAGAGAUCAGGCGAGCCACCCGGUCAUUUGAGCGAACGAAUAGAGGAAGAAGAACAUCCGCUGUCCCCAGACUCUCAGGAGAACAGAAUCAUUCGAGAAGCCCUCAAGGGUUUACCGUCUGCCAUUGUAGACGAAGUGAGUCCAGUCGUAGACUUCACGGCAUCUGGAAGUGUGGAGGGUCUGGUUGGUGAAGGCGGCACUGGGACCAGAGAGAAGUCAGUCUCUCACCCUGUACCGGCCGGAUCACAAGGCAGUGGUGUCGCGCAGGAGAGUGCAGGGAGACCUGCGAUUGGCCUGACUGAGCUGACGGAAGUCACGGAGGACGAGUUCCCUCCAGAAGCAACAGCAGCAGAAACUUUACCAAACAACCAUUUUCAAGCAGACGUCACUUUCCACGCAGGCCCGGAGUUCCCACUGCCGCCUUCAGACCUGGAGAGAGUGCUUUUCCUGGAAAACAUCCCAGAAAUAGUCAGCUCUGGCACGGAAAACAGAGAGUCAAAGUCAACAAGCCAGCCUUCGUCAGUUCUGACUGAUUUCUAUGAAGAGCAGAGGAGUCCGCUGAACCUGCGAGACACGCCGAGCGAUGCCGACAGCGGUGCCUCGCUCAACGAGAUCACGCCGCAGCACGAGUAUUCCCUGAAGGCCCACCAGGUGCUGCUGAGGAAGCACCUGCACGCGGCCACGGAGGAGAAGGGCCGGCUGGAGGAGGCGGCAGCGCGGCUGGGCGAGCGCGCCGACCACCUGCAGUACGAGCUGCGCGAGGCGCGCGAGGCGGCGCGCGGCACGGACCAGGUGGUGGCCGUGCUGCAGGGCCAGCUGGCGGGCCUCGAGGCGCGCCACACGGCCGCGCUGGACCAGCUCCAGCGGUGCCGGCUGCGCGCCGCCAACCUCGACCAGGAGCUGAGACACCUGGGGGACGUGUGCUGCCAGCACGAGGAGGAGAAGACGCAGCUGAAGAGCGCGCUGCAGCUGAAGGAAGCAGAGCGGCUCGGCCUGGAGAAGGCUCUGGCCGCGAAGCUGGAAGCACCCGCCCCGGAACUGCAAUGGCAAUUGCAGGAGCGCGUGGAGUCGCUGGAGGCGGACAGAGACGGCCUGCGCGCGGAGAACGCCCGGCUGCAGGAGACGCUGCGCGAGACGGAAGCCAGGCUGCAGGAGACGCUGCGCGAGACGGAAGCCAGACUGCAGGAGGCGGCCCGCAGGACCCAGGAGCUGGCCAGGGAGAAGGCAGAGCUGGGGGUGCAGCUGGGAGUGGAGAUGGCCGGCGUGCGGGAAGAGUGCAGCAAGUGGCAGGGCAUGUACGAGAGCGCGCAGCAGAGACUGCAGGCGUGCGCGAGCGGGGCGGAGGCAGGGCCGUGCGAUGCUUGCGGGGGCGCGGGGCGAGCCCUGGAGGCCCACCAGCUUGCCUCCACCUACAGAGAGGAGCUCAAGGACAUCCUAGAGAAGGUGGCGCGGCUGAAGGAGACCGACUCCACCGCCUGGCAGCACAAGAUACAGGAGGAGGUGAGCAGCGCGGUGGCAGAGCUGCGCGGGGAGUACGACAAGGUGGAGGGCCUGCUGAGCCGCCACAACGACGCCCUGGAGCAGCGGGUGGGCAAGCUGCAGGGCGACCUGGAGGAGGCGAGGCGGCGCCAGGCCGUCACGGACGCCGAGCUGGCCGAGGCUCGCCAGCUGUCCGAGGAGCUGGCCCACCUGCGCGAGGUCUCCGCGGCCGUCGACGAGAUGCGCGUCGUCAACGGCGAGCUGAGGGCGCAGCUGGGCCGGGCGGAGGACGCCGUGCUGCGGCGCGACGGCGAGCUCCGCAUGAAGACGGAGCACCUGGGGCGACUCGAGCGCCUCGUGGCCGAGCAGGCGCGCGCGCUCGAGCGGGCCGACAGCACCCGGCGGCGCAGGAGCCGCUCCUUCGACUCCGCGCACCACGCUCGCGUCGGGGACCUCGCCGACGCCUCCGCCCAGACCGCCGACAUACCCAUCCUGCUGCUGCCCCCCGACGGGGAGGCCCCGGAGCCCGUCGGGCCGAGGCAGGCGGCCGGGAGGAGGGAGCUCGUCGACACGGCGUCGCAGACGCACGACAUCCUCGUCAUCUCCUCGGACGGCAACGAAGAACCCUUCGACUACCUGCAGGAUGAAGAGAGGCUCGUCUCGAGCGAGGAGCUGGUGAUCCGGCUGCGCAAGGACAACGAGGAGCUGCAGGACAUACUGGAGCACAAGACGGACCAGCUAAAGCAGAUGGUGGAGAAGACAAAGUCCCUGGUGAAGCACAACGAGCGCAUGAAGAGCCAACUGAACGAGUUGAAGAGCAAGCAGGUGGCAGCGGCUGGAAGAACUGACAAGGAAACGCUGACAGAAGAGUUCCCUGUGAGAGGAGAUGGGCAAGAUGGUUUGGCUGGUUCUUGCAGAUACAAGAAAGUAGACGACUAUCAUAGAACAGGGGACAUUACAUCUAGUCAUUGUCAGGUGGAAGAUAACUUGCUGGAUAAGCUACGAAUGGAGAAUAAAACACUGAGAGACACACUCAACCAGUUGCUCUCAGAGACAGGCUUGCAGAUCGAGAAGCAGGGUGAUCUCUCGACGCCCGUGACCGUGUGCAUGGUGCUCGGAGGACCGCCCAUGAGGCAAGAUGUACAGCAGAACGUGCGAAUGAAGGAUUGUGGCACUUGGCCGUGCAUCGCCCAGCAGACGGGUAGAGCCGUGUGCUCCGAGUCCGCAAGUCCUACGUGCGAGAGCGUAAGGCGGUCCGCGAGCUGCUGCGAAGCCGCGAACUUCACGUACGGCUCGGUGCCGUGCGAGAAGGAGCGGCGCAGGAAGCGCGAGUCGAAGGAGCUGUCUUCGCCGGCGGACUCGCUGAGCGACGAGGCGCCCUCGAACGUGAUAGAGGUGCAGGUGAGCGUGCACCGCGACGGAGAGGUGGACAGCGCGCCCAGCAGACCCAGCAGUCCUCUGUCGUCGGGCGACGAGCUCCGUGGCAGGAGGGGUGCGGGUUGUGCCCCAGUUCCCGCCAAGUCCCGCCUGGCCAGGGUGAGUGCAGACCCCACUACCUUUGUGAGAUGCCAGUAGCGAGUGCGACACCAAGUGAUGAAUGAGAAUGGAGCAGAGAUGGAAUGGAGAUGAUGUGAGAA